AUGAAGUUCGAGAAGCCACUCCUCCUGAGGGAGAUGACUCCCCGGUUGCUGCGGAUUUAUCUCUUUGCAUCGAUGGGUGCAAUGAACUUUGGCUAUGACAACAACUGGUGGGCCGGCAUCAUUGGCAUAGAUACUUUUGCUCAGGACUAUGGUCGGUACAAUGGACCUGAUACACCGAGGAGUCUGCCCUCUACAUGGCUCUCGGCAGCCAGCGGUACUCCCUUGGCUGGGUGGAUCAUAGGAUGCUUCGUGUCAAGCUAUCUCACCAGCAAUAUCGGCCGGAAGAUGACUAUAGUGGUGCUCUGCGUUAUCGCUCUUGUUGGAAUGGUCAUACAAUGCGCGGUCCACAACUACUGGGCGCUCAUGGUGGGCAGGCUCAUCAAUGCAUUCUCCAUGGGCAUUGAGGCCAAUUGCAUCCCUAUGUAUAUGGCUGAACUUGCCCCGCCAGCUAUCCGCGGAGCCCUGGUCAACUUCUACCAGAGCUGGCUCAUGAUUGGGGCGGUUCUGGCUGCUGCCACCGUCUACGCCACGAACGAGCAUCUCACUGGGAAGUGGACAUAUCUCACACCAAUUGUCGUUCAGAUCGGCCCGCCAGUCCUGCUACUCUCGGCCGUGUGGUUCAUCCCGGAAUCUCCACGCUGGCUUCUUUCCAAAAACCGGAAAACCAAAGCAUUCGAAGCUCUCCAAUACAUGCGGCAUGGAAGCUCGACUGACGACGAAGUCUCAUCAGAGCUCGAGCUGAUCGACCUUGCUCUCGAGCAAGAAAAGGAGCUUCACCGCGCUACCGGCUACGCUGACUGUUUCAAGGGUGUGAACUUCCAUCGCACGAUGGUCGCUGUAGGAGUACAAUGCCUGCAGCAAGCCCAAGGUAACUCGUUCACGACCACCUAUAUUGUUCUCUUUCUCCAGUCUCUCGGCGUGGAGAAUCCGCUCCUAAUCAAGACUGCGCGUGCCUGCUGCAGCUUUGCGGGUACACUUUUCGCAUUCUACUUGACAGACAAAAUCGGGAGACGUAUGAUGCUGAUCGGCGGUGCCUUCCUCAUGGCAAUCCUGCUUUGGGUGACCAGUGGUCUGGCGGCUUGGACACCAGGCGGUGUCACAGGGUCUGCUGCUCAAGGAGCAAUAGCCUGCAUCAUUCUUCAUGGCGCCAUAUCGACCGCUUGCUGGGGAUCCGCAAUGUGGACAGUGACAACGGAAGUAGCCACGAAUCAACUCCGGGAAAGGACCAUCGCCGUGGCGACAGUCCUGGGUUUUGCAACGAGCCUUGUCAUCACCUAUGUGAACCCUUACGUUCAAGGCGAGCCCGGGAACCUCGGGGCUCGGGUGGGGCUCAUCUAUGCGAGCAUGUCCUUCCUGGCAAUGGCUUUUGUCUACUUUGUGGUUCCGGAGAUGAAAGGCAGGAGCUUGGAAGAGCUGGACGAAAUGUUUCACUCUGGUGUCCCUGCUUGGAGAUCCAAGGGGUUUGUGGCCACCGGUCUGGGCGCGCAGAUUACCGACAUCCAGAACAACAACUCGGGCAGACUGAUUGUGGGCAAGGAUGGGGUUGCUGUCACUGACGUCGAAGUUGGUUUGCCUAAGGACAAGACGAAUGGCCGUCAAGGCAUUUAG